AAGGGGACUAAAACAGAGUCUAAGGAAACCAAAAAAGGAAACUUAUCAAGAUGGGUUUUCCAAUAAUGUUUCUAAAGCAUUAUUGGUUUACUGUCCUUGCCAUUUUGACAUUAACAGUUGGUUAUCUUGACAUUAUUGGCGCGGAACAAAACUAUGGUCAGCCAGCUGAAGAGGGAAGUAUCCGACUGAUUCAUGGUAGAACAGAGAACGAAGGAUCAGUUGAGAUCUACCAUGGAACACGAUGGGGCGGUGUCUGUGACUGGUGGUGGCAUAUGAGGAACGCCAAUGUUACGUGCAGACAACUUGGCUUCCCAGGGGCUAGAAAUUUCUAUCGGAGGGCAUAUUUUGGUGCUCAUGUAACAACUUUUUGGGUGUAUAAGAUGAACUGUAUGGGAAAUGAAACAAGACUAGAGAACUGCUACCAUCGACCCUACGGACGUCCCUGGCUCUGUAAUUCGCAAUGGGCUGCUGGGGUAGAAUGUAUACCGAAAGAUCCGCCUCAGGGAUCACUGCGACUGAUUCUUGGUGGAGUCCCAAAUGAAGGUACACUGGAAACAUUCUGGGAUGGAUCCUGGGGCAGUGUGUGCCAUACAGACUUCGGGACACCAGAUGGAAACGUUGCCUGUAGACAGAUGGGUUACCCCAAAGGAGUUAAAACAAUCAAGACAGAUGGUCAUUUUGGAUUCAGUACUGGGCCGAUCAUUCUAGAUGCGGUGGAUUGUGAUGGCAGUGAGACACACAUCACGCAAUGCAACAUGCCUGUAGAACCCUUUCAACAUGCCUGCCCCUACACUCACAAUUGGGACGUUGGCGUUAUAUGCAAACCUAACACAGAAGGGGACAUUCGUCUUAUGGAUGGUAGCGGGCCUCAUGAAGGUCGAGUAGAGAUAUGGCAUAACGAUGCUUGGGGUACAAUAUGUGAUGAUGGUUGGGAUUGGCAAGAUGCUAAUGUAGUAUGCCGUCAACUCGGUUACAGAGGAGCCAUUAAAGCUUCCGGAUUCCAAGGGGAAGACUUUGGUUUUACGUGGGCACCUAUACAUACAUCUUUCAUCACGUGUACGGGUACAGAGGAACGCCUCCUUGAUUGUCUCUUCCGAGAUGGCUGGUCUCACGCUUGUUAUCAUGUUGAAGAUGCCGGAGUAGUAUGUGCAACCGAUGAUGAAGCCACCAUUGAGGUUGAAGCAGAGAAUACAAGAGUACGCAUCGUCGGAAUGGGACAAGGACAAGGAAGAGUUGAAGUGAGUUUUGGCAAUGGAUGGGGACGAGUUUGUGACGAAGACUGGAGUGACGAUGAAGCCAAGACUGCUUGCUAUCAUGCUGGAUACUUGUGGGAUGGCUCACGCAUGGCAUCAUCCAAAGAGUUUUCAGCACCCGCUGAUCUUACUGCGCCAUUUAUUAUCGAUGGUAUAACCUGCACCGGUGCCGAGAAUGAAACCCUGAGCGAAUGUCAGAUCAAAGUUUCGGCAGAUUUGACUUGCGAAACUGGUGACGUCGGAGUCGUUUGUGGAGGUUCGUCAGCGCCGUCUGGCGGUAUAUCAAUGGCAGUGAUCGGAGGAGCGGUGGGAGGUGGGGUUGCUGGAGCAGCUGUGAUUGCAGUUGCUAUCUACUACAUAAAGUUUGUCAAAUCUGCAGCAUAAAUAAGGAAUCUCUUGAUGUCCAUAUUUAUUUUUUGUGCUCUCACCUACGUUAAUGAAUUAAGUAGUUAAUUAUAAAGCGGUGGACAUGUAUUCACUGACGUUAUACACUAACCAAAUCAUACUCAAUUGGCCUACCUAAUUUCCUGUAAAGGUAAUGUAUUUAUUAAACUAAAGCAACACUAGUAUUUGGGGCAACUUAGGAUGGAAUUGUUCUAUUCAAUUGUUUCAUCAGAACAUGAUACUAUUUCACUCGACGAUUCGGGCAGGUAUAUUGCCUAAUGUGACUUUGUCUUUCGGUUUUAGAUACCAAGUUAAUAUUCUUUAUUGUUUUUGAAUGACAGUUAUUCAUAUAACACAUGCAUGAGUGAUAAACAUGACACUCGUAUUCGAGGGUAAAAUGUUUGGGUAUGGAGUGACAGUUCGUUUAAUGAGGGCUUUACAAUGUGUUAAGAUAUUUAUUCCCAGAAUACCAAUCAUACUGAGAGGCCAAAUUGAUAUUGAUUAGAUAGAAAUUGAGUGGUUAUUUUUAACAUUGUUUUCAAUUUAAUGUUGAAGCUGAUGAAUUUCUUUAAAAAUUUAUGACGCAAUUUCAUUUUAUUUUCCAUUGAAAUGUUAUAUAUCUAUGAUUUUUAUUUAUCUUGCAACGAAAAAGUC